GUAAGCGUGUUCACUCGUUUAAGUUUAAAAUGUAUAAGACCAUUGUUCAUGGAUUUAUUCUUUUGGUGAUUUUUAAAGCAAGUUCUACUCAUAUUUUAAUACCACAAAAUGAGUGGAUACCAUUAAGUAAAGAAGAGGUCUUGCGUACGCUUAAUAGAGGAGACCGAAGAAAUACGGAUUUUUCAGAUAAACAAAAACCUCAUUUACUAUCAACGCCAACACUAAGUACUUUUAUAACCAAUAAUGCAAACGCAGUGAAGCAGGUGCAACCGAUGAAAACGCUAAAAUUGAAUGAACAAAAUGCGUAUUAUCAUUUAGCGCCAGAUAAAAUAACAUCUGUGAAUGAUCUUCAAAGUAAUUUACCAGGGAAUCACGAAGAAGCAUUACAAGAAAAUAUAAUAGCAACAACAUCGAAAGGAAACCUAGAACUUAAAAGUAAUAAACUUGAAGACAAAGACACAAAAGAUGCAAUUGACACUAAUUUUAGAAGAGCAAAAGCAAUUUCUAAGAUUUAUUAUCCUAAUAGUGUCGACAUCAAUGAAGAAAGAUCAGAAAAUUUAAGAAAACACAAUUAUGGAUUAGAACAAGAAAACAACCAACCAAAGUUAUAUGAAGUUACAGAAGACACUAGAGAAUUCGAAGAGGAACAAAGUGAAGCUGAGCAACGACCAGGAUAUUUUUAUAUUCCCCCCAAUCCUAGUCACAGCAAAGCAAAUAAUCUAACAAAUAAAUUUCUAGACAUACUUUCCAAGUACAAUAUUCAACCUAAUGAAAAUUUAUCAAAUUACGCUCUAUCGCGAAGAUCAAAGAAUCAUGAUCGUUUUAAUGGGUACAUGUUCGUUCCAAUACCUAUAAGAGACUUUUCUCAAUUUAGCAAUUUAUCUCUCGGUUCACUUGCUGUAUUACUUUCAAACUAUGGGUUUUAUUUGCCCGGUGCAUAUGGCAUCCACGGUAAAUAUAGAAAUUUGUAUGGCUACUUAGCUUCAAACAACAUCCACAAUAACAAGCCCUUCGGCUCAUACAAAAUAUUUUCAGAUACCGAUUCAUCCAACUAAUUAUUUAUUCGUUAAUUAAUAUCCUCCCAACUUCGAAUAAUAAAUCGUUCCCUUUCGGUAUUCACUUAAUUUAGCAACUAAGUUUAUGCAUUUUAAAUGAUUCGAAGUUGUAUAAUUUACGGAUUCUUUUGAACUGUCUAUUAAUUAUUUCAUGAUCAAAGGAACGCAGCGUAAAAUCUUGGAGCAAUUUAAAUUAAGAAAUUGUUUCUGCAGAUGUGUAUCACGCUUUUAAGGUUUUGUUAUUCUAAGAUU